AUGUCACUUUUACAGACAAUAACUCUUUCGCACACGCCGUCUAGUCAUAGUGUGCAUGUUGCUCUCUAUCGGAAUGUGAAAAAUUCGGCCUUCCUUGAACAACAGUUGCUCGGAGGAAACAGCGACUAUGAGUACGCCUUUAUAGACGCACGUGUGAUCUUAUCAAAAGUUCACGUUUUCGCGUCCUGCUUCCGGGCCAUUGUUGAUCAGCUCUCCGACAAGCUGCGCACGCGAAAUGUGCACUCGGAGAUAGUAUUCGCCUUAUCCCCGAAUAAUAAUAUCAGAACGGCAUUUCGAAAUUUCGGUAUAACAGCGAAUACUAGUAGCCUGCUAGUAAUAAAAAUUGGCGAUUUGACUCAAUCUUUGUCUAUUCGAAGUCACCUCGAGAAGGUUAUUGAAGGAGAUGAAAUUGGGUUUUGUGAUUCGGCACUCGCAGAUAUAAUAGACUGGUCAUUAGUCGGUCGGCUAUACAAACUCGGUAAUACGCGACAGGAUGAAGGUGGUAACAGAAAAUGGCAGUGGGAAGCAGAGGUAGAUAGGAAAGAAGCAGAAAUGCGUGUCUUGAGUUCGAUAGCGCUCAGGGGAAUGACAAAUUGA